UUGGAGCCAGUUACUCACCGCCCAUCUGGAAAAGCUGAGAGAAUCGGACGGAUCUAGCGGACGAAUUAAAAAAGCGGGGCCGAACAUGAUAAGGGUUCACCAACUGCAACAAGUUAAUCGCAAAUCAGAGGCUUAUUGAAGAUUACCGACAGAGCAGAUCCAUAAUAUAAUUGUUUUUUUAUUGAUGGCCGGUCAUUCCCUUCCCUUCCCUCUGUUUUUUUUAGUUGUGUGAUUCUUGUUUGGGUAUUUGUUUCGAGUACAGAAGAGGCUGUGGUGGCAUGCUGCGGCUAUCACUGGAGUUGCGGUAGAGAGAGAGAGAGAGAGAGAGAGAGAGAGAGGGAGGUGUUAGAGGGAGAGGAAAUGGGCUCUGAUUGGAGUCCAUGGAGGUACGGCAAACACAAUCACGUUAUCAUAAAGCUUGCCGUCUCCAUUUUGCUGGUUGGUCUCGCAUUCCGUCUGUUUGCUUCAAGUUCCGGCGGGUUGGAGCGGGUUUCCGAGGUCAGAGAGUCCAAUCUCUCCUUUUCCGACGGGUACGCAGGCGAAAGAUCGGACACCCAGGUGCCAGAUUCGGGAGCUUCGGUGACCCAAACGAAUAAAAGUGGGGAAGGAAAAUGCGAUUUUUUUGUUGGAGACUGGAUCUACUAUCCAUCUGGGCCUAGAUAUACGAACGCGACUUGCCCGAGAAUUGAAGAUCAUCAGAAUUGCAUGAAGAAUGGGCGACCAGACUCAGACUAUCUGUAUUGGAGGUGGAAGCCUCGGUAUUGCGAGAUGCCGGUUUUUGAUGGAGAGAAAUUUCUAGAGAUGAUGAGAAAUAAAACAUGGGCAUUUAUUGGGGACUCCAUUAGCAGGAACCAUGUUCAGUCUUUCCUCUGUCUUCUGUCUCAGGUGGCUGAAGUUGUUGAUGUUUACCAUGACGAAGAAUACAAGUCCCGGACCUGGCAGUUUCCUUCAUACAACUUCACUCUUGCAGUUAUAUGGUCACCUUUUCUUGCAAAAGCAGAUAUCUUUGAGGACAUAAAUGGUGUCUCAACAUCUGAAAUUGAGUUGCAUCUUGAUGUUCUGGACAAGAAAUGGACUGACCAAUUCGAGAAAUUCGACUUCGUCGUUAUUGCGGGUGGCAAGUGGUUCCUGAAGACCAGUAUUUUCUAUGAGGAAGGGAAGAUAGUUGGUUGCCAUUAUUGCCCAAAAAGGAAUCUGACUGAACUUGGUUUUCAGCAUUCCUACAGGAAGGUACUUGGAUCGGUAUUUGACUAUAUUGCAACAUCCAAGCACAAUGUUGUGACAUUUUUUAGGACCUCAACACCAUCUCACUUUGAAAAUGGAGAGUGGUUUAGUGGGGGAACAUGCAAAAGGACUAGGCCAUUCAAAGAAAAUGAGAUCAGCAUCAGUGAUAUGGACAGGAUCCUGCGAGAUAUUGAGCUAGAGCAAUUCGAGAAAGCACUUGAAAGGCAGACAGCAAAUACAGCAAAAUUUAAACUUUUUGACACAACCAUGCUGUCAUUGUUACGGCCUGAUGGGCAUCCUGGGCCAUACAGACAGCUCCAUCCUUUUGCACAGGACAAAAAUGCUAAGGUGCAGAACGACUGUUUGCAUUGGUGCCUGCCUGGACCUAUAGACUCCUGGAAUGACAUGUUGAUGAAGAUGGUAGAAGAUGAUUGAGCGUCCUCAACAAUCACCAGAUUGAGGUGAAGAUGGUUGUAUCAUUUGCAGAGACAAUUGGAUUCCAGUUUGAGGAAGAUGAUGACAGAGCAGAAAUCUGCAACAGGAGCGAAGAUUAAAUCCUCCUGUCUGUACUCAGUUGCUGCAUGACUUUGUUGGCCAUCACUACUUCAGUUUGCGAGUCAUUUGAUGAUUUUAUAACGCCACAAAUAGGUGACAAAAAGUGAAGAUUAUCUUCGUCACCGCAGUAUACUAAAGCGUCCAUUGUAGUGGGUGAGUUGUUGGUCUUUCUCUGCGAUUUGUGUUGUUCAUCUGUUCUUGAAUUGUUCUCCACUUGUAUUAUUUGGCUGUCUUAUUGGAGCUGUUCUUCGAGUACGGUUAGAUUCUAAGGUUCACCAACAUUAUCA